AUGGCAUAUUUGGAAGAUAUAUUAAAAAAACUCGGAUGGGAGAGUGGUUUUCAAAUACCUGUAGCAAAUGCUACAAAUAAGAAACUCGAAGAGGAACUAGCCAAACUAACUCUUCGAAAAAUCAAAUCCAAAAAUGCUUUAGACAGUACUAACUCAAAACUAAAUAAUCUUAAGGAACAUUUCAAAUUUGUAAAGCAGGAAAGCGACCAAACACAAAAACUGAUUACAGCUUACAAACAGCAAUAUGAUUCAGAAGAACACCGAUAUCAACUAUCUAAAGCGGAGCGUAGCAAGAUUGCGAAUGAUACUUCGGAGGUUAAUAAGCGUAUGCAGUUUUUAGAAGAACGUAGAGAAGUGCAAAAAAGCGAUCUGAAAAAAGCAAUAAUUCAGGUUGACAAGAUUAAACAAGAAACAGGAUGGGAUAUAGAAGCAAUUAAGGCAUGGGAAGAAUCAUUAAAAAAACGAGACGAAAACAAUGAGUUGAUUAAAAAAUUUUCGAAAGAAGAUGAAAGACGAUUUAACGAAUUAGACGCGAAACGACAACUACUACAAACAGAAUUUGAUAAUAAAUCUUCAGAGAUUAGUAAAAUAGCGUGCGAGUUAUACAAUCAAGAAAUGAUCAUUGAAAGAAUAGGUAAAUCUGUUAAACAGCAGGUUAAUGAACGUGAAGCUCUAAUUGUCCAGUGGAAAGAAGCAGUUAAAAUGUUAAAACAAAGGGAUGAGGAUAUCGAUGUGGAACGUGACCGUAUUUUAGAUGCUCAAAACGUAUUGGAAAAACAACAAGAGCACCUUUCUGAAGAAGUUCGAUUCUUAGAAAAUGAACAACGAAAUAAUCACGAAACGCAGCUAGUAUUGGAAAGAAUCAACUCACUGAAUUCGAGGUUACGCCGUGAGCUUGGCGAUUUGGAACAAGAUGUAUAUGCUGCUAUUAGCGAGAGUCAUGCAUACAAACGACAGCUUUCGUCUUUGGCUCAAAGUUUGGAAACGGAAAGAGUAAGAGGAAAGAGAAUAACUGAAGAUAUAGCUCAAAAAGAAAGCCGACCAUACCAAUAG